GGAAUAACGCCUUUCUGAGGGCACAGUAAGUACCUCACAAGGCGCCGUUGGCUGCAGCUGGUGCUCCGGCUGAGCUCCCCUCAGAGCUGCGGGGCCGCGUCUCUCACGGCGGGGAGCGGUGCUCCCGGGUGGCGGUUUCGACCCCUGACUGAGGGGGGCAGGUUCCAGGCGUCCUGGGAACUUUGCCCCUUCCCGCCAUCCCUGGAGGGCCGCGGUGUGAGGCGGCCGCUUGGGCGGGAAGCUUGAGCCUCGCGCGCUGCCGUCCGGGGGAGCGCGGCGGCCGCGCUUGGCCGCGGCCCGGCGAACAGCGACAGCGGCUCUUCGCCGGCGCAGCCGCCAUGUCUGCCCUGGCGAAGGCCUCCGGCGCCCUCAAGUCGGUGGAUUACGAAGUGUUCGGGCGAGUGCAAGGUGUUUGUUUCAGGAUGUACACAGAAGAGGAAGCUAGGAAAUUAGGAGUGGUUGGCUGGGUUAAAAAUACCAGUCAAGGAACUGUAACAGGCCAAGUUCAGGGCCCAGAAGAUAAAGUAAAUGCGAUGAAAUCCUGGCUGAGUAGAGUUGGAAGCCCAAGCUCUCGCAUAGAUCGAACAAGUUUUUCCAAUGAAAAGGAGAUUUCCAAGCUUGACUUCUCAGGAUUUAGCACUAGAUACUAAUAGAAGAAAACAUCACUAAGCAUAAAACUCUCUGCUGCAUGAUAUUUUCUGUGCCUCCGUAAAAUGUCAUAAAAGCUUUCUAUUCUAGAGUUAAAUAGAAAUGGUCCCUGUUCAUGUGAAAUAAGAAUUCUUAGUUGUCAUAUUAGACAUUUUACACCAUUAAUGUCAAUAGCUAGUAUUGAAAAUGCCAAUAUCUAAUGUAUUGCAUUUUGACAGCUAGAUAAAUGGUUAAAAGUGUCAGUGAUUAUUUGUGCACAAUGAGAUUUAUUAUAUAUAACCAUAUGAAACCUAAUCUUUACACUGUGAUUCUUCAUCUAUUUAGAUGCAAAAUAAUAAACUUACGUUCUACUGUUUGUAUUUUCACCAAAAAUACUUAACUGCAGAACUGGAACGCAGAGAUCUGUUCUAACAGCUCUGCAUUAUAAAUCAUGCUAUUUGUGAUAAUUGGUUAAGAUAUAGUGGUGGUUUAAAAUAAACAUAUGUUGCCUCAAACUAAAGUUACCUAACCAACUCUGGUUUAAAAUUAUCUAUAAAAAUGCAGAUAAAUCUUGAUGAUGAAAUGUGUGGCGUCUCAUCCCUUUUUCCUUGUCUACCUACAGCUUACAUCCAUACUGACUAAAAGGAUGUUUUGAUUUUUUUGCUUUUUUGAUGUUCCUACUAAAAUUUAAGAUUUCAGUUGUUUUCCUUA